GCGCACACACACACACACAUAGACCUCUCUGGAUUUCUUUGCCUUGAGUCUCCCGGGGCUGUGAGGAGCCAGGCGCAUCUCAAACCGAGCUGGCAGCUCCAGGCUCCGGAGCCAUGCCCUGCACGGACCCUCAUCUUUACCAAGCUCCUGAGGAAUGAAAGGAACCCAGGGAUCCUCAGAAGGCAGCAGUGAUGUGGACCAACCCCCUGGAGCCUGCACCCUUCCAAGGGCCAUAGGCGACCCAGGGAACCGGAGAGAGCUCCAGACAGGAAAUCCCAGCUUUCCUAAAGUCUCUGUGGAUGCUGACAAAAGGAGACCCGAAUUUUUGGAAGAGCCUGCCCUAGGUUACCCAGCUGCAGAGUGAUUUUCCCCUCUGGCAUUGAACCUACCCCUCCAACCCCCAGCCAUCCAGAGUACCAUGAAGAAUUAUGAGGAUGUGUGACAGAGGUAUCCAGAUGUUGAUCACCACUGUGGGAGCCUUCGCAGCUUUUAGUUUAAUGACCAUUGCAGUGGGCACGGACUACUGGUUAUAUUCCAGAGGUGUGUGCAGGACUAAAUCUACAAGUGAUAAUGAAACCAGCAGGAAGAAUGAAGAAGUAAUGACCCAUUCGGGGCUGUGGAGGACCUGCUGCCUAGAAGGGGCUUUCCGAGGAGUUUGCAAGAAGAUCGAUCACUUCCCCGAAGAUGCUGACUAUGAACAAGACACAGCGGAGUAUCUCCUGCGGGCUGUGAGGGCCUCCAGUGUCUUCCCCAUCCUCAGCGUCACAUUGCUGUUCUUUGGCGGGCUCUGCGUGGCAGCCAGCGAGUUCCACCGAAGCAGACACAAUGUCAUCCUCAGCGCGGGCAUCUUUUUCGUUUCUGCAGGGUUAAGCAACAUCAUCGGCAUCAUAGUUUAUAUAUCAGCCAAUGCCGGAGACCCCGGGCAGCGUGACUCCAAGAAAAGCUACUCCUAUGGCUGGUCCUUUUAUUUCGGGGCCUUCUCUUUCAUCAUCGCAGAAAUCGUGGGAGUUGUUGCUGUGCACAUCUACAUAGCAAAACAUCAGCAGCUACGUGCCAAAUCCCACUCGGAGCUCCUGAAGAAAUCUACCUUUGCUCGCCUUCCACCCUACAGGUAUAGAUUCCGGAGGCGGUCAAGUUCUCGCUCCACGGAGCCCAGAUCCCGAGACCUGUCCCCCAUCAGCAAAGGCUUCCACACCAUCCCUUCCACUGACAUCUCCAUGUUCACCCUCUCCCGGGACCCCUCAAAGAUCACCAUGGGGACCCUCCUCAAUUCCGACCGGGACCACGCUUUUCUACAGUUCCACAAUUCCACGCCCAAAGAGUUCAAAGAGUCGCUGCAUAAUAAUCCGGCCAACAGGCGCACCACGCCCGUCUGAACUUGACCUCUGCCCUCUGGCCUCCGCCCCAGCACAGCCUCGGAGGCAACGCACAGAGGCGGCUUUGAGGUUGCAUGGCAUGGUCCUCGUGAUGGUAUUACUUUUUACAAAGAAUGAAACCAAAUGGACUCAGCCCUCUCCCACACUUGGCCCCUGGCGCUCCAGGUCCCACCCCGCCCCCACCCCCCACCGUUCCUUCCUGACUUUUCAA